GAUUAAAAUCACCGUGUCUGGUUCCGCUCCUUGUUUUGCACGUGCAGCACGUUUUCGGUGCCUCGUAACCGCUUCGGGUUUUCUGGCACUCGGAUCUCCGUAAAACCGGUGUUCCGGCCCUCAAACGUGCUCCCCAGUGUCCUAUCGUCAUGUCGUGGCUUUUUGGCUAUAAGAGUCAAGUGCCGCCCCAAGGAGCCGGUGCGGAUGGGGGUGGCCCCGAACCACCCGGUCCGCCUCCUUCAGCGGGUGCCGGUGCGGGCCAGGCGGCUGGCGAUGCGAACCUUACGAAAGCGGAAAGAAAGGCCAUGGAGGCGUAUCGGUUCGAUUCGUCAGCGCUGGAACGAGCGGCCGAAGCGGCACGCACGCUGGAGCGAUCGAAACAUGCCCGCGAGGCUCUGGAGUUGUCCAAGAUGCAGGAAGGCACCCGCCAGCAGGAAUAUAUGGCGAAGGUGAAAGAGUACGAGGCGCACAUCGAAGCCUCCAAGGUAGAGCAAAAGCGAGUGGACCACGAUGAGCGCCGGAAAACACUCGCCGAGGAGACAAAGCAGCAACAGCAGCGGGCGCAGUAUCAGGAUCAGCUGGCCAGAAAGCGCUACGAGGAGCAGCUCGCCCAGCAGCAACGGGUGCAGGAGGAAAAUCUGCGAAAGCAGGAAGAGAGCGUAGCGAAGCAGGAAGCUAUGCGUCGAAAGACGAUCGAGCACGAGAUGGAGCUGCGCGAGAAAAACAAAAUGAAGCUCCUGGAGGCUGAGCUGCGCGCCAAGGCAAAAGUGGAUCGCGAAAACCGCGAUCUCACGCUGGAACAGAUCCGGUUGAAGGCAGAAGAGAACCGUAUCACCGUGAUGGAGGGCAUCAAAACGGCCGGUGCUGUGCUUGGGCAAGGGGCAACCGCCCUGCUUACUGAUUGGAAUAAGGUGGCCACUACGGUCGGUGGGCUGUCGCUGCUCGCGCUCGGUAUCUACACGGCUAAAGGUGCCACGGGAGUAACGGCUCGGUACGUAGAGGCCCGCAUAGGCAAACCAUCGCUGGUCAAUGAAACAUCUCGGUUCUCGCUUCUGGAAGCCCUGAAGCACCCGAUCGAUACGGUGAAGCGACUCAAGAACAAACCAACGGACGCUCUGCAGGGAGUGGUUUUGCAACCAAAACUGGAAGAACGACUGCGAGAUAUUGCGAUUGCCACGAAAAACACGAAAAACAACCAGGGACUCUACCGGAACAUUCUGAUGCAUGGACCGCCGGGAACGGGCAAGACGAUGUUCGCGAAACGGUUGGCAAUGCACUCGGGAAUGGAUUACGCCAUCAUGACCGGUGGCGACGUUGGUCCGAUGGGCCGCGAUGCAGUAACAGCCAUCCACAAAGUAUUCGAUUGGGCGAACACGAGCCGUCGAGGUUUACUGUUAUUUAUCGAUGAAGCCGAUGCGUUCCUGCGGAAACGUUCUUCGGAGCAAAUCUCCGAAGAUAUGCGCUCGGCACUGAACGCAUUCCUGUACCGCACCGGCGAGCAGAAUCCGCGCUUUAUGAUGGUCCUCGCGUCAAACACUCCUGAACAGUUCGAUUACGCCAUCAACGAUCGGUUGGAUGAAAUGGUCGAGUUUACACUGCCCGGUCCCGAGGAACGCGAACGGCUUAUACGAUUGUACUUUGACAAGUUUGUCCUGCAACCAGCGGCCGAAGGCAAGAAGCGAUUCAAGGUAGAGCAAUGGGACUACAGUGCAGUGUGUAGCAAGAUGGCCAAAAUGUGUGAAGGCAUGUCCGGGCGAGAGAUCUCGAAGCUGGGAGUGUCGUGGCAGGCCGCCUGUUACGCCUCGGAAGAGGGUGUGCUGACGGAGCAGAUGGUCCUAGACCGCUGCGAGGCAGCCGCUCGGCAGCAUCGGCAAAAGAUGGCUUGGCUUUCGGAGCAGGAAAAACUGGACCACAAAUCCAUCACCGGUGGCAAGGGAUUCCUCACGCAAUAGACAUCACGCUCCGAAAUCAGUCGCCACAGGUUACUAUGCUAGCUGCUGCUGCAUAACCCUACAAAAUGCUUUAUUCAUCGGGGCUUACUUUGAGUUUGACUGCUAAAGGGCUGUUUACGGUAGUUGGUAAAACGGCUUGGAGUUGCAAUCUCGUUGGGUGCAUUAUUGUGAAACGAGCAUUCCAAUCGAAAGCCAGCUGCCCAUGUAAACGGAGAGAAUGUAAGGAUCGUUAGCUGUGGUGUGUUGUAUGAGACGAAUACGUUCAUUCGCUUCCCCCCUCAUUAUUCCUGCCAGGUUUCGUAUCGCAUUGGGAAAUUUAUAUUAAACUUCCUAGAAACGACCGGGAAUCACGUGCACGUAUUACGAAAUGCAUUUGAGAUACAACACGCAUGUCAGGUUUAGGUGGAUCACACUGUGUUCAAUAUCGUGACAACGGAAUAGGAAUACUAGGGGACGAAAUGUUAUUGACGUAACAAUAAUUCCUUACGCUCCAUUACUCUUUUUGUACACAUUAUAUUGUUUGAAUGGAAAAUACAGAGUAACGUUAAAGUGUUAUAAAUCCGUA